AGACGUAAUAUUAACAUUGCGCAAUUCUCAAGUUACUCAAGUCCUUUUUGUUCUUUUCAUAGUAUCAUUUUCAUUUCACUUAUCGAUUAUACAUCAUAUCGAUACCCGUGAAGGGCGUGUCUUAGUUGACGCGCAUGGUCAGAUAUGUGACCAAAAAAAGAAAGAAAAAAAUAUAUUUAUAAAUAGUAAACAAACAUUGUUUGUGAAUCAUGGCCACUACUUAUAAUUACGUUUAUUUACAAUUUUUCUUCUUGUGAAAGGUCGAAAAUCAUUAUCACAGGAUGAAACUCAUUAGGAUGAUCAUUAUGUAAUGAGUAAAAAGAAUGGGGAGUAGGUACUUCAAGAAUAUUGUUUAAGUCCAUUGUUUUAGAGUAGGAAUUUUAUAAGCCUGAAAAUGACGACAGAUGAUUGGAUUUACUUCUCUUGUUUAUUAUCAUCAGUAUCAUUUGGUUAUUAUCUCCGUCAAGUCAAAACUUUGCCAUCAAAGCAGCUUCUGUGUACCAUCAUAGGUUUUAUUCUUCUUUUCAUUCUCUCAGGAUUUCAUAUAUUGCACCAUGUGAUACUUACUGUUGUUAAUGCUUUGAUUGUUCUAUAUGUAAAUAAAAGAUGUUGCCAUAUUGUAAGCUUCUUGUAUUGUUUCUGUCAUCUAAUGCUCACUCGUACAUUUCAAUAUGUUGGUAUUCCACCAAUUCCAGAACUGCCUAACACUGCCUUGAUGAUAAUGGUCUUAAAAAUGGUAGGUUUGGCUUAUGAAGUUAAUAUCCAUCAUUUAAAUUUUUUAUCAUCUGAUGCAGGGGAUAAGAUAAAAGAAGAAUACACCCGAAUAAAACCUACCUUUACUGAUAUUAUUCAGUACUCUUUCUGCUAUGCAGGCUUACUUGUUGGACCGUAUUAUAGGUUCCGCACGUAUGAAGAUCUAUUCAAGAAGCCAUACAGCAUGAAUGUCUCACAUUCCUCAUUCUUAAAGAAAAGGAUCAUUGUUGUGCCAUUGUAUGCAUGCCUCUAUCUUCUUACAGAUUACUUUUUUCCUCUUGAAUUUGCUUCGUCCCAAGAGAUCUGGACACUGCCAUUUAUGCACAGAAUUUUUUACGUGUGGCCAUGGUUUUUUAGCUUUCGUAUGAGAAUUUAUGUGGCAUUUGUGCUUGGUGAAUGUAUCUGCAUAAAUCUGGGACUGGGUGCUUAUCCCGAGAAAAGCAACACUCAACCGGGUGCUGGACCGACUAACCUCAAUGCUCUUCAAGAGAUCGAUAAUGAUUCUAAAGCCCUGGCGACAGCAACAUAUAAUUUUGAAUCAAUUAGAUGCAUGAAUGAGCUUGCUAGUGAAUUCAGACCCACUAUGAGGGAGGGUAUCAGAUAUUGGAAUAUGACUGUUCAAUAUUGGCUUGCAAUUUAUAUUUACAGAAAAACUGCAGCUCCAAAACCUGUGAAAAUGCUUGUGACAAUGUUUGUAAGUGCCAUUUGGCAUGGCGUUCACCCAGGCUAUUAUUUGUCGCUUCUGGGCACUCCGCUGCUACUGAUAUCUGAAAUUGAGGUGGAAAAAGCUUUCCGUAAGAAUGCAUCUGCGACGAGUCAAAAAAUUUAUGAUUUCAUUUGGUACUUCAUAAAAAUGCAGUGCAUAUCAUAUAUGGGUGUUGCAUUUAUUCUUUUAGACAUUGGAGUUAUCCUUCAUUACUGGAGCUCUAUUUAUUAUACGGGACAUUUUUUAAUAUUGUUUUUAUUUGUUAUUGCUUUUGUAAAAAAUAGAUUUUUAAAAAAAGUUGUUAAGAAAGAUAAAAAAAUAAUACCAGAGCUAAAAGAGUCAAAGUCAUUAUAAGCUAUAUUUUCAAGAAAAAGUCACCCAUAACUAACGCGCUUUUAUAGGAUAUUAAAAACAUUUUUUAGCUAACUAUGUACCUGAUUUUUACCUUUUUAUACCAGUUAUUUACCAAUUCAGCAUUAGCCUCUUUUUAAAUAAUGAACUUAAGGUGGCAGACUUUCAAAGAAUAAGUUAACGUUUUUCUCUAUUCUUUUUCUCAGACUAUUACAAGACUAGACCCAUUCAUCACCUUUAAGUCUGGUUUAUGGAUAGGAAAAUGUGCAGUAAUGGCGCUUUUGAACCAGAUUAUGUGAGUGGACAAGGUCCAGUCACAACGCUGUAUUGGUCAAACUGUCGAGAUUAUAAAUGUAGAAAUCCCUGUGGCAGAAUUUUUCGGGCUUUUUGCGACAAACCUCUCUAGCACUAAUAUCUUUCUACAAGAUACUUUUUAAAAUAAUCGUUACUAAUUUAAAGUGACAAAAACGUUGUG